GGAAGAUAUAUAUCCAAUCAGACUCAACGAUGAAGAAGUUUCGCAGUGGAAACUCUGGACCUUAUACAGCGGAGUAUCAUGCACUUCUUGGGGCGACACCAUGGAUCAUGGUUCGUCGCCUCUUAAGCCACGCGCAAUUUGGGUCGUCUGAGAAUGAUGGUACACCGCAGCUAUCGGAAGGUGACAUCGCAACAGUUUUCUCGCAGUUUGGUGAGAUCACCGACGUUCGUUUUGUGCGCCACCAAAAGACCGGACGGUUUCUUGGCACUGCAUUCAUUAAAUUUGCUGAUUAUCGUAGCAGCAUCCUUGCCGCUGACGAGCUCAACAGUGAUUUCGAGAAAGGAGAGUCGUUUUUCUUAUCCGCUUCUCAAGAAACUGCGGCGUCAGGAUCAGGUCAGAAAGGGAUUACAGUGGAACGCUGCGAAGAGGCUGUAGUACCAGCAUUAUACAGCUCAGAGAUGGAAUCCUACCCUCAAUGGUUGUCACGGCAUCACGUUUUUUCGCAGUGAAGAGUUCUGAUCACUGCGUUUUCCGGAAAGCUUCGAAAGUGAACUGCUCCCUCUUACGGUGAGCCCCAACUGUUAUCGAAGUAAAAGAUGGAGCUUAAUGAGAUGCGCUCACGCACCGCUGCUUUCAUGCAACAAGAUCCGUCUCCUUAUGGAAACAAACCAUUUGUGCAGCGAUUGCGAUGGUGUUGCGUCUUUUCUCGUUCUUGUUAUGUCGCGGCUCUUUUCGUUGGCGUUGUUUGAUGAGGUCCUGCUGUUGAAUUAGCCUACAAUUUAACCGAAUGUUGGGCCCAACUUAGUGGUAUUUUUGUAACUGCCAAGCUUGGAUGAAUGGGCUGGUAUUGUUCUCAACUUCAACAGCAUUCAAAUUUUGGAUUUGCUGACAUGAUCGUUUUGCGUCAGCAUUGUCUUGAGAGCCACCUGUCUCGCUUUCGGUACAUACAGCUUCGCUUCUGUUUGGCUGCCGCAAUCUUCUUGUAACGUUAUGGACUUGUUAUUUCCAUCAUUCUUCCCCCCUUUCCCCUACCAACGACUCUCGCAUUACCACUCAUCACAGUGAGCUUUGCAGACCUUCUCAAAGGUAUCUGUGACUGCGUCAGCGUCUGUGACUUCCCGUCCGACUUUACUAGUACUGCAAACUGUGUGACUUUCAUACCGCCACAUCAUUCAGGAGCAUAUUAAAGUGCACGAUAAGCUUUUUUCUCGUAUUUUGUGGCUGCGUUUGGGCGCUGGAUUUUUUCCUUUAUUGGCAUUUCUGUGAUAGUUUUAUCCUAUUGUUAGUGGCCCAGUUUAACAAGUUUCGCAGGAAAUAACCCUCUUGAACCUUUUUUUUUUCUGUUUUGACUGUUUUUACGCUGCGGCGUCUUCUUUUCUUCUUUUUUAAUUCUGUUUCUCAGAAGGCCAAUGGAAGCUGCGUGCCAACGGUUUUGUGACGGAGACAUUUCCAGUCUUUUUGAUAUAGUAAAUUUUAUCGAUGCCAGAAAGUCACAUGAAAACCAUAGGCUUGGCACUAGGACCCUAACUGCCAUAAUCAACCUUCUCAUCCAAGAGGGUGCGGAGCUGCGGCGCGCACAUGGCAAAGAUUAUGGCCUUCCUAGUCCUCCUGCAUUUUUCGCCACCCGCGUUCUGGCACAGGUAGGGACACGGCAGUCAGAAGAGGGUUCCGAGGUGCAGCGUGCUCUCCUCGUUUUAGGGCUCCAGCGCUGUCGUGACCUGUGCCUUGAUGCGUACUUCGGUCUAGGACGGGCGCAGCGCUAUUACGUGAUUAUGUUCGUCAAACUGCUGACGAUGCUUUACGGGUGUACACCACAGGACCUCCUGCACAACGAGACCUCAAUCAACAUGUUAACCGGCUGCUUAGAGGCUGGGCAGAGCGCACAACAUUCUCCCGGGGCAGUAAGUUUGUCGGAAACGGCAGCACGUGCGUCGCCGCAGCAACACGCCGGAAGCACCUCCGGCAACAUUGCCGGCAGCGGGCCUUCGCGUGGGAGUCACGCGCGGUCGCCGCCGCCUCCGCGCGACGGGGCACCAAAUUCAUCACGACCCUCUAACAUUCAAAAUCGGAGCGCUUUACUGGUGUCCAUCCCUGGGGUAUCGUUUGACAUGCCGUUGCGCGCAACGCGCGGGUAUCGAGACUUGCCAAAGAAGCCCAUCAACGCACCGUUCGCAGUGAAUCCGCUCUAUGAGGAUGCGUCUUCACCUGGUGGUGAGGGUAAUGCUAGAGACACAAACGUCAUCAGCAGACCGGACUCUCCUGUCUCGCCCAGUCCUGGACUGGUAACGGUGGCGUAUUCCGCGGCUCCAGAGAUCACCAUUCCAGCGCAGUUCCCCACCCCCGUUGUGCUCUUCUCUUCCUACUACGGCCUUGGGUGUGUGCCGCGGUUGCCGACAACGGACGACUUGGCCCGCCUCGACGCGUGGCGACAGGAAAGCCAACAACUUCCGCGCCCGCCGCGUGACUUGCAGAAGUCUAUUAUUAAAACUGGCAAAGGCUUUGCGGAGAGCGGCGACGCGGGAAGAGAGUUUGGCAGGAUGCGACUCGCAGCUCUGCGCUGCAGCACGCCAGGCCCUACAUCGGAGGCCGAGACGCCGACUUUUUUGGUGCACAAUGAAGACAACUUCGCUCCUGCAAACACGGCUGCUGCUCCGUACCAGCGUCUGUGUCGGCAAUCCCUGCUGCUGCAGCAGUACAUAGAUCACGGAAAGCUGCUGAGCUGGGGCUCUGCGGCGAAGGGUGCGCUCGGACCGUCACGACAGCGUCGCCCCCUACGCGGGUUUGACUCCUCCGACCGCCCCGCGGCAAUCGCACCGCCGCCAGCCCCGCCCACCAAAGCCUCUGCGCCUCUGAACAACCCCGCCACCACCGCGGCACAGAAGCAAAACGCACCAGGCAAAGCCACCGCUAGCGAAGCAAAGCCAAAUAAAAUAGUUCCCACCGCCACCAACACUCACAGCAACCACGACAACAGCCCACCGACGACUGUUGAGAAGGCCCCGACACCGCUGACGAGCACGCGGGCCGUCUCGUCGGGUCCGCAAGGCUACUCCGACGUUGCUGCAACGCCGACGGCCACUCACGCUCAAAACGGUCCGCACCGCGCGCCAUCGAGCCCGUCAGGAUGCGAGGAGUACGUCUACCUCCCCACACCCGUUUACACGACGGCGCGCGUGGCGGCGAUCGCGUGUGGACUUUCCGUCACCUACGUGGUCACCACCGAAGGCGUUCUCUACAGCUGCGGUCGUGGGGAGAACGGUCAACUGGGGAUUGGCAUGCGCAGCUUGCGCUACGCCGAGUCGGGGACGAGCUGUCUGCAACGGGUGCUGCUGAAGGAGGACGAGACCGUCACACGCGUCGCGGCGGGAACGGCGUGCGCUGUUGCACUUGCCGGCGACGACACCCUCUAUUGCUGGGGCCACAACGUAUAUGGACAAUGCGUGAAGCUGCCAGACCUCAGCCGCGUCUUGACACCUGUCCGGCUGCGGACCUGCGCGUACAAGGUCCGUGACAUCUGCUUUGGUCAGUUUUUUGGCGUACUGCUCUUCGACGACGGAGGGAUGGGCACGUGGGGCAUCGCCUCAAUGUUGGGCGUCAUCACCGCGGAGAAGGCACAGCGAGAGAGUUUGGCACCGGAUCAGUGCAAGUGCGCGCGUCACGUGGUGCGGUUGGAGCUCGAAACGGACUGCCCAAUGGCGGCGGUGCGGGCCGGUCCAUGGCACGCGCUGGCCAUCUCAAAGCGCGGCGAGGUGUACACGUGGGGCGUCGGCCGCGGUGGUCGGCUGGGCCACGGCACCGACGGCGCGGAGGUGAAGCCGCGGCUUGUUCAGGGACUCAGCAUGUGCUACGUCGUCGACGCCAGCUGCGCGAGCGCGCACACCGCGGUGCUGACCAGCUCGGGCAGCGUGUACGUGUUUGGCGAAAACGCGGAAGGUCAGCUCGGGCUGCGGGGCCGAUCACCGCGUCGCCUCCCUAUGGCGCUGCCCCUGCCUGGCAAGGCGGUCGCCGUGGCCUGUGCACGGGAACACACCUGCGUGCUCCUGCAAGACGGCGACGUCGUCGCCUGCGGGUCGUACCGGACGAGUGGCGUCGGCCUGGGCUACGGCACCCGACUCUGCGCCCCAGUGCGCAUCCUCACCAACUACGUCAGCCUGACGCUGCAGUGCGGACACUUCCACAGCCUCGCCGGCGCGCUGCCCCGCCGCACCGCGCUGAUGACCGUGGGCUGCUCUACCAUCGAUGAGGUGUCACGCAUUUUGAGUGUGGUGGUGCGCAGCGGCGUGCGUUGCGCCGCCUCGGGGGUCGGCUUCCUCGUCGUGCUGUCCGAGAACAACUCCCUCGUCUCGAUCGGUCGCGGCGAGCGAGGGCAGCUGGGCAUUGGCGACUGCAUGAAACCCGCCAGCAGCGACGACGUCACCGUGACGCCGAAGUUCACGCCGGUGCAGCUGCCCAGCGGGGUGGUCAUCCAGCACCUUCGCUGCGGACCCGACUACGUCGUGGCACUUGACCAAAAUGGGGCGGUGUACGGGUGGGGCAGCAACGAGCGUCAAAAGCUGGGCCAGCCACUUCAGGUGGACUACGUGUACACCCCCGUGCGACUCAGCGGCUACGGGCAGCAGCAGCGCAUUGUACAGGUGGCAUGCGGUGGCACGUUCAUGAUCGCGCUGACCGGUGACGGCGACGUUCUGACGCAUGGUGAGGCAACCUACUGCGGACUCGGGCGAGAGUUGCGAGACUCGCGCAAGCUGAACGUCAGCACCCCAACCGCCAUUCCUAGCCUGCGCGACAUCGUCGCAAUUGCAGCAGGUCGGCGACACGCCAUUGCCAUGACGGCCUCGUGCAACAUCUACGCGUGGGGCGUCGGUGUUCUCGGCUGCGGGGCUGCUGCUGCUGCUGUUGCUGUUGGGCGUGCUGAUUCUGUCACGUCGGCCGCCUUCACUCCGGUGCGGGUGGCACUGACGGAGCAUAUCCGCACUAUCGGCUGCGGCGCCCACAACUCCUUCGCGAUUACCGAUGACGGUGCGUUGUGGGUGUGGGGGGUGAACAUGUACGGCGAGUGCGGAGUGCCGCCCAGUUGCGAGGGCGGUGCUCACGUGACCGCGGCGGGGUCGACACCGCAGCAGCCGGAUGGCAUGGCUGCACCAGAGGACGCGGUGCGGGUAAUGCAGACACCGAUCUGCGUCGCCCGGCAGGUGCGUGACGCCGCCUUUACGAGCCAAUUUGGCCUGGCGGUGUUUGAGGAUGGUCAGGUGCGUGUGUCGGGGCGGGUGCGUCACGGCGGUCGCAAGUACUUUUUGCCAACCUUCCACAGUGAUCCGCAGCCGCAUUUCUCGAUUGAAGUGAACGAGCCGGUGCGGGGGCGCUGGCAGGGCGAGAGCUCCUCAAUGGGGUCCUCCCAGUUGUCGAGGGUGGAGGCGGCAGCAGCAGCCAUCAGUGCAGCGCCCGCCCCGCCGACACACGCAAGCAAACGGGAGGUGGUCAACUUAGGCGACGAAGACGAAGACGAUGCUGACGAGGAGGGCGAUGACAGCAGCUCUACCCUUUCCUCCGUCGGAUCGGGGAGGGUUUCCCCCCAGAUGCACCCGUCUGCCAGCGCACGGCUGCCGCCAUCCUCUGCGGGCACCGCCGCGGCGUUGCCGGUGCAACGUGCGUCGUGCGCCGCGGUAGCCGAGUCUCGGCGCUCCCCGCUCAAGGAGGUGGCACAACAGGAGCUGCAGCAGCAGCUGGCACCGAAGGUGGUGUCGCCGUCUCGUGAGUCCACUGGUGCACCCCCCCGUCCCUCCAGCAGUGAUGAUCACACAGAACCUCCCGUGGGUGUCAGCGCCAGAGCGUCAGCAGAGCCCCCGACACACACUACUACCACCCCCACAAUCACCCCUGCCUCAAAUCCGCGUUUGCCGCCGGUCCGUCCGUCCACCAGUCGUCCCCACUACGACGAAGCAUCCACAACGCCUGACUGGAAAGCUGUGAUGAGUAGCUCAACGGGCGCGGCUCCUAGGCUGACAUUGGCAUCACCGCAUGCGCCGUUCAUCGCCACAGCAUCAAAGAUGGUGAAGGAGGGAGAGGUUUUUGUCCCGCUGCCAUCCGCGCCGCGGACGUCACACCUGCGCCCAACAGCCGUCGCGGGUGCGGCUCGAGAAGCAGCGGAGGCCGCGGCGCCUCUUCGUACCUCCAGCGUUGACUGCGACGCGGCGGCGGAGACGGAGGCGGAGGCGGAGGAGGACUUCCUCGACAGCGUUGUGCAACGCGCUGCUCUUGAGACAACACAUCCUGACCGCGGCGCCUCCUCCGCGGCCGACGUCGAGGGUUUGCUGCUUUUUCCGCUGGAGACUCCGUGGCACGAGCACACGCCGCGUGUGUCGGAGACGCCGGCAGCGGAGGCAACGUUCAUCGGCUCGUCUUCGCUGACGUCGCUGCCGCUGCUGCCCCGACCACCACCGACUCCGCCACCGGCGCCGCUGAGUGGUGCCGCACGGCCGGCCCAGCCCCCCACAAAGACUGCCCCAAACGUCGCUUUGCGCGUCGCUACCUCCCUUCCUGCGGCGACUGCGAACUCCGUAGAGGCAAAGACGUUCUCCAGCAGACCUGCUAACACAGGAGUACCUACAAGAAAUGACGGCGCAAAAUCGGCGAAUACACCAACCACUAACACCACUGCUACUGCUACUGCUACUGCUACUGCUCCCAUCGCUGCAGCAGCGGAAGAGAAGCGUGUCUUUGGCAUCCGAUGCUUUGCCGGCUGGGAGCAGAUUUGCGUUGUGAUGGAGAAGCAUCGACCGGUGGCGAAGGAGGUGCGCAUGGCACAGGAUGGACUGAAAGUGCUGUUGCAUGAGCCCCGCAGCGGUGACGAGAUGCGGAUGUAG